AAACUCCACCCUUUUCCUUAAAAAUAUAUCAAAAAAAUCUCCUUUUAAUCUUAAAAUAAAAAACAUUUUUAGCAACCACCUUUGCCCAAACUGUCAACUUUUUCCACCAACAGAAACUACUUUCCCCUCAAAACCAAAAACCAUCAAAAUUUUAGGCACUUUCUCAACAUGGAAUCAUCGGAACUGGACAAACCAGAAGUGCCAUGGCCAGCAGAUGCUCAUCUCUACCAGCCAUCGGAUGGGAAUCAAAUCUUAUUACCAGAACUUUCUAGUUGCCUAGCCGUAAAGACUUAUCUGCGCAUGUGCAACCUACCAUUCACGGAAAAGAUCAGCGAGAAUGCAGAGUUCAUGUCGCCAGGCGGAAGAUUAACCCACCUGCCGCUACUCCGCUUGGGCCCCAUCCAGACCUUUGCCGAAUUCGAGCCCAUUGUGGCCCAAGUGGAGAUCAUUCAGGAUGGCAGCUCCCUAAACAGUUGGAUGACUGAAGAUCAGAGAGAUGACCUUCGUUCCCUGGUCAACUAUGUGGAAAAUGUCUUUACCCUCGCCGAAAUCCAUAUGAUCUUCAUGGAUAUGGUUAACUAUCAACUGUACACGGCACCACGCAGUGAAGCAGCUCAUCCAUGGCCAUUGAGCACGAUCCGUCGGUUGGACAAGCAAAAGGCGGCCCAAAGACUUCUAAAGGUCUACCAAUGGCAGGAUAUGGACAAUGACCAAGUACUACACGAGCUGGGUCUCUGUGUGGGCGCACUGAUUGACCAAUUGGAGGGGAAUCAAUCGGAGGACUUCUUCUUAUGCGGCUCGCGACCUUGCGAACUAGAUGCUUUGGUCUUUGGUCAUGUCACUGCCAUAAUGACCACCAAAUUACCAAACAUGGAACUGGCCGAGAUCCUUUCCACCUAUCCACGUCUAUUGGCCCACUGCCGACGCAUCGAUGAAAGCCUAUUCGAGGGCAAACUCCUGGCAACCGGUGACAACGAAAAGCCAUUGGAAAUGUUGGGCAAAUAAAAUUAAGGAAAGACAGGACGACUUUGGAGUCACUUUCGAAGUCCAACCCGCCCCCCUCCCUUCCGCUAUCAGAGAACAAAGGCUUUUCUUAUUGUUUUUUUAUUUGGCCAGAGGUCGGUCGUCGGAAAGCCAAUCAAAAAUAUGCAAAGCAUUUACAAUAAAAAACGGCAGAGAAUCCGAAGUGGGAGUGGGUUUGGAGGAGCAAGUCGAGCCAGAGAUAAGCCAGCGCACAAUGCCAUAAAAUACAGCAACAGACAAGGUUAAACAGUGAGAGAAAAACUAGGAAAAAUAAUUUGGGAAAAUCAUUUUAAGCUAAGAAAUUUAAAGGAAAUAAAGUUGGUUUAUAUGGAAACCUGAGAAACCUAAACUAA